GUUUACUAGAAGCUCCACUUAAAACCGCCCUUUAUUGCCACCCACACGACCGCCCGCUCGUGCCUUUGCAAGCAAAGCCGCUACGCUUACUCGACGACUAGUCCCAAUCUGCAUGCUUUUGCGAUGUCUCCAGUCUUCAGCACUUAGCAGCAUAGCAGAAUAGACGCGUUGCGUGAGUGAGCGUGGUCGAUCGCUAAGAAAUGGCAAGGGCUGAAUAGCCAGGUCGCCCUUUAUUGCCUCUUAGCGUCCAUCCAUGGCUUCUGCACCCGGUGGACCGCCCGUGUUCUUUAGUCCGUGGGAGCCCGCGCCCGCGUUCGCAGUGCCGCCCAGCGAUGGCGAGCUUGCGGAGCGGAUUCGCCUGCUGGUCAACUAUGCGGUUAAGAAUGGGCCCAGCUUCAUCGAAAUGAUGAGGCAGAAGCAGUCGGGCGACCCCAAAUUCAGCUUCCUGUCGGGCGGCGAGGGCGGGGACUUCUUCCGCUGGUCUCUGUACACGGGCGUGUAUCAGCUGCCCGGCGACCGGCCGCUCCCGCCCGGAAUGUAUCCGCCCCACACGGCCGCCGCCGGCCCCGCCCCGGGCUUACCGCCGCCAGCAGCAGUAGCAGCACCGCCGUCUGCGCAGCCACCGCACUACCAGCCGGCGCCGCCGCACCCCGGGCAUCCGCCGCAGGUGCCGCCGCCCUACCCGGGUCACUACCCACCCCCGGGCGCGCCCGGCGGACCGCUGCCGCCCCCACACGGGGCCCCCUACGGCGCGCCGCCUCCCCACGUACAGGCCUUGCCGCCGCCGGCGCAGUACGGCGGGUACCCGGGAGCGGCGGCGGCGCCGCCGCACCAGCCCCAACCGCCCAUGCACCCACACAUGCACCCGCCGCCCGCCGCCGCGCCGCCGCCACACCUCGUGCAGCAGCAGCAGCAGCCUCAGCAACAGCCGCCUCCGCAGCAGCAGCAGCAGCCACCUCUGGUGCCGCUGGUGCCGCCGCAUCUGCAACAGCCGCCUCCCCAGCCUGCGCCUGCGGCGGCGGCGCCGCCACAGGCGGUUCAGACGUUUGGGCUGCCACCCGACGUCGCGGCCGGGUUCAGCGGCGUGUUGGACUCCCUGACUGCCUCCAAGGAGUCCAUCAAGUCCUCAGCGGCCUGGUUCAUGGCGCACGUGGCGCACGGCGCCGGCCUGGCGGCCCUGGCGGCGCACCGGGCUGUGGGCUGCGGCGAGCGCGAGCGGCAGCUGCACCUGAUCUACCUGGCCAAUGACGUGCUGUUCAAGGGGCUGGCGGUGCGUGGCGGCGCGGCCUACGACGCGGUGUCCUCCGCCUUCCAGCCCGUCAUCGGCGCCAUGCUGGCCGCCGCGUUCAACACGGCGGGGCGGGGCGAGGACACGCGCGCACGGCUGGACAAGAUCCUCAGGUUCUGGGGCGACAAGCACGUGUACGACUCUGACACGAUGGGUAUGAUUGAGGACGCGGCGUUUAACACAGACGACCCAGCCACGCUUCUGCCGCCGCUGCCCGCGCCCUUUGUGGUGCCGCAGCAGCAGCAGCAGCAGCAGGCCGAGCCGGCAGCAGGGCGGUGGGGCCCACAAGUACCGCAGCAGCAGCAACAGCAGCAGCAACAGCAACAGCAACCGCAGGUGGCAGCGGCGGGGCCGUGGGGCGCGCCUGCGGCGGUGCAGACGGGAGGCGGCGGCUGGGGUGCGCCGCAGCAACAGCAGCCGGCAGUAGCGGCAGGGGGCUGGGGCCCGGCGGCGGGUCAGCCGCCGCCGUACGGGCACCCGCAAGUGCCCUACGGCGCGCCGCCCGGGGCCUCUCCAUGGGGCGCGCCGCCGCCGGGGGCGUAUCCGCCGCCGGCAGCUCACCUGGCGCCGCCGCCGCACCUUGCGCCACAGGGAAUGCCCAUGGGUGGUCCGCCGCCGGGGUACAUGACCCAGCAGCAGCCGGGCAUGCCGCAGGCCGCCGCGCCCACGCCUAUGAGCCUGCAAGCCAAGGCGGCGGCCAUUGCUGCGGAGCUGGCGGCCGCCGCCGCCGCCGCGGCCGCCGCCGCCGCCACGGUUGGCGUGGUGCCCCUGGGCAACACCAAGCCGGUGGCGCCGCUGCCGGGGCCCGACAUGAGCGGCGUGCCAGUGCCCUCAACCAACUUCCCGCCCGGGCUCAUCCCGCAGCUGGUAAAGGAGAAGAACAAGUGCGAGGUGCCGUACACACCCAUGGACCAAGCCGACAUAGAGCGGGCCGGCCUGCCCGCCAUGCCUGAGAAGGACAGUCACCUGUUGGCCCGACUGGACCGCUUCUACGCCGACCUGCGCGAGUACCGGCCCGGGCUCAGCCGGGCAGACCUGGAGGACGACAUCCGGGGCGGCAAGCUGCGCUCGCGCUCGGAGGAGCCGGAGGACGGCGAGGGCGGUGGCAGGCGGCGGCGCGAGCGCUACACAGGCCCACUCAACGACGGCUCGUUCGCGGGCGGGCAAAACGUGUCCAAGUACGCGGGUCUGGGCGCUACCACUGCGGAGGAGCCGUCGCAGCAGGGCGGCGGCGCCAGUCUGGAGGACAUGUACAGCCAGUACCGGCAGGUGCGCAGCGGCUCCUACCACGAUAUGAUAUUCAAAUCCACAGCGGCGGCGGGCGGCGGCAGGCGGUAGGCGUUGUUAGGCUGUGCGGCUGCCGGCAGCAGGAGGUGUGGAGGUGUGGGGUGUAUGUAUUGCGACGGGCGGCGGCAGGUGGUGGCCGGUAGGCGGGCGGCGGCAGGCGGGCGGCGGCAGGCGGGCGGCGGCAGGGUAGGCGGCAGUGUCGCGGCGCCACCUGCCGUAAUUCCCAGAUGGGUGAGGCAGCGGUUGUUCGAAAAGCGGGGCCCGAGGGUAGGCACCAGCAGGGGCUGUGCGUGUGGCACGGUAGCCAGCAGCGGUUCAUGACACGUGGUCUGGCAGGAGCGAAGCCGCAUGGUACCCACGCCCGCGGUGGGCGGUGGGGCGUCACCGCCAACAGCAGGAGCGAGGCUGCUGCCUGAUGGGAUGGGCGCGCGCGCUGCCUGAGGCGAACACGGAUGGAGUGAAGGGGCCAACGAGACGGCAGGCGGCGGUUUUGGGAACUAGCUGGUGUGUUUGUGUGGGAUGUGUUCAUGUGCGUAGCUACUUGGUUGCCUCCUCAAGUCUCGUGAUGAUCUAUCAACAUGUCGGGAUUACGGAUUACCUGCGGCAGCGAGGCACACCACGGACGCGGCUGCCGCCACCACGCACUCCCCUGCGUGGCCAGAGCGCGCGCCUGCUCUGUCUGAGAUCCACCGGCGGAUGGAGAGAGUGUGUGUGGGUAUUUGUUUGUGUGUGGGUGUGUGCGUGCGUGUGUGUCUUUCGUGACGUAGCAGCUCGCAAUUAAGUAUGUGUUAUGCGACGCGCACGUGGUGGGGGUAAGUUUCAGCUAGCUGCCGCCGUGUGUGAGGACCUCGAUGGGUGGUGGUGGUGGUGGCGCCGAGGCACGAGAGAAAUAUUUGGAUGGAGGGCACCUUGCUUGGCGCGCUCCCGGAUAGCUGGGUAAUGAAUGGGCUGGUCGAUAAGUUGUCGCGGAUAAGUUGAUACGGUUUGAGUGUGCUGACGGCGGGCGCUGUCAUGUGCCCGCUGCUGCUGCGCCCGCCGCUUGACCCGCUGCAUACAUGUAUGCCUCAUCAAGCUGACGCCUUCAGUGAUGGAGUGCCUGCUCCGUUAUGAGGGAAAAUAAACCCAACAGACAUGAGCUAUCUAGACAUAGUUGUUGUCUACCGGUCAGGCCCAGCUGCUAGAAAGCAGGGAACACAGCACUGCGAGUCUGUAGCUAGGAAUUUGACCCCCAUCCAAGCAAACUCGAUUGAGGGACCAUUC